AUGGAGCAGGACUAUGGAGACCACGAGGAAGCUGCCCAGGCCCAAGCUCCUCACUCCACUCAGCAGCCACUCCAGGACUUUGCUGAGGUUAGUUGCCAGGCUGGCUAUAAGCAGGACUACCUAGAUGCCCUGAGAGUCUUCUCUAGUAGCCAGUUCACAAGCCCCGUCGAGGUCACCCUUGAGCAUGGCAUCCUGGAGAGAGAGACCCUGACCUUCCCUGUGUACAAGUACAGUGAUCCCACCAGUAACAUGGCCCAGAAAAGAUCAUACCGCUCCCGACUCCAGGAGCUUGUUGCAGGACAGAGCAAGACUCCAGCCAAAGUCUUGAAUGCCGUGGAAGACCAGGUAUUGGUGUUUGACAUGGCCACUGGCAACACCAGGAUGGGGCUGCUGUGCCAUGACCCCAUGGGCUCACGGGCAGUGCUGGUAGGCUUGGUUCCCAACUACCCAGCCAAUGAUGCCCCUGAAACUGUGCUGCCUGACCAGCAAAUGCCUGUGCCCACCUUCUCCCCUAAAAACUGUCACUCUAACUUCUGGUCCAACUUACCCACAAAGAACCUCAAGUCCUCCGGCCUCUCAUCUGGCAGUUACCCAGAGGCGGUCCUGGUUCAUAAAGAGUCAACAUUACACCUGGAGGAAAAGGAUGCCCCCCAACCUGGAUCACCCCAGAGGGUGAGGAUGUUCAGGGGUCCUGUUCCAAUGGAGGUGCCCCUCCAGUUUGGAGAGAGGCUACAAGAUCCUGGCUGGUCUAAACCUGAUGCUGAUAGAAAUGAAGCUGAUAGCGCCAUCUGGAUGCUGGAUCCCCCCAAGACGCAGAGCCCCCCUGAGGUCCCCACCAAGAGGAUGAGCUCAGAGCGGCCCCCUGAGCCUGCUACAUCCACCCAAAUCGAGGACAGAAUCAGCCAUGAGCAGAAGGAGGGUGUUACUACCCCGCCUGACAACCCCCAGGCGGAAGGGGCUGGGCCUGCCCCCGUCGAUGCUAACCCCCCGCCUGUGGAGCCGCACCCCCAAGCGGAGAAGUCUCUCCUUGCCACACAGCCAAAUUACCAGCUUCCUGCUGUGGAGCAGCCUCCCUUCAACAACCAGUCCAGCUUUCUGUCUUUGCACUCUCUUCCUGGAACCCCUCUGGACCAGCAGCAAAAGCUCACUGGGGAGCCUCCCUUACCCCAGGAACCCUCUGCUCCCCAGGAGUCUGUCCUUUCAAAAGCAUCCUACAUCACUGGGGAGAGUGUCCAGGCCCCUGCUCUGCACCAGGAAAGUGAGAUCAAGGAACUAUCCGACCAUGGGAGCACCCUGAGGGUGUCCCCAAGCUCUGAGGAGGCCGGGGUCCAUCUGAACAGAGAAAAGGGGUCUCUCAAUGAUAUUCAAAACUCCAAAUCAGACAGGGGCUCCUGGAAACCUGGCAACUCUGCUGUGGUACAGAAGGAAACCCCUUCUCAGUUCACGCUCCCCACACCUAGCCGUAGCUGCAAGGUUUUGCCCAUGAUGGGCACUAACUCCCAGAAUACCCGGUUCAAGCUGACAGCUGAGGACGUCACGCACUCCCCAAUGGUGUCACACCUCGGCCUGCUCCGUGGGACCUGCUAUGAGGUGGUAUCACCCACAACUGUGCUGCCAGUGCACUCUCCAGUGCUCUGCCACCAGUCAGCGAGUCCCUACCAGAACAUGGCAGCCGUGGUGAUCGACACAGGUUCCGGCUUCACUAAGUGUGGACUGGCUGGAGAGGACCAUGUCCUCAGUGUGGUGUCGUCAUGCAUCCAGCUGCUACAGCAGCCAGCCCAGGGCCAACCCCGGUAUGUGGUGCCCGAGAACGGAAAGGGCUCCUACUCGGUGCUGAACCGAGGCGUGGUCUCCGACUGGGAUGCCCUGGAGGUGCUGUGGCAGCACCUGUUCUACUGUCGGCUGGGUAUGCGGCCCGAGGAGCUGGCUGUGCUUGUGGCUGACUCGCCCAUCUCCCCACGCACCAACCGAGAGAAGGUGGCUGAGAUCCUCUUUGAGCGUUUCCACGUGCCCGCCAUGCAGACUGUGCAUCAGGCCCUGCUGGCGCUCUAUGCUUAUGGGAGAACCACCGGACUGGUACUGGGCAGUGGCCACGGAACCUCCUACGUGGCACCCGUUCUCACUGGAGACCUGGCCCCAAUGGAUACUUACCGGUUGGAUGUGGCUGGUUGUGACCUCACUGACUACCUGGCUCAGCUGUUGUUAGCAAGUGGCCAAUCACUGCCUGGGGCAGAGCUGGUCAACCAGAUUAAAGAGGCCUGCUGCUAUGUAGCCAUGGAUAUGGCAGCUGAGUGGGCUCGCACCGAGGGCCAGGCCCAGGUGAACUUUGUGCUUCCAGAUAAGCAGGUCAUCAACGUGGGCUCUGAGCGCUUCUCUUGCACCGAGGCCCUCUUCCAGCCCCAUCUGCUAGGGCUCAACCAGCCUGGCCUCCCACAAUUAGCCCUCUUAAGCAUUAGCAGGCUGGAGGCCAAGCAACAGGAGCAGCUGCUGGCCAAUGUGGUGCUGGAAGGUGGCACAACGCUGGUGAGAGGCUUUCCUGAGCGUGUGCGGCAGGAGCUGAGCCCCCGUGCCACAGUGCUGGGCUCUCCUCACCGAGCUGUCGCUGCUUGGCUUGGAGGCUCCAUCAUGGCCUCCCGGGAGGCUUUCCAGAGCCUCUGGCUCAGCCGCCGUGAGUAUGAGGAGGAGGGCCCCUGGGCUAUCUACAAGUACCAAUUGUGA